UGAAGGGCGUUAUCUGAGGUUAGCUUCAAUGGCUUCCAAAUACGCAACAAUUCUGUUGUGCAUCUUCUGCUUCACCCGUUUGGCCAAGGAAAGCUCUGCUCAACAGCCAAACAAUGUUGUGGUGAAGGGAAGAGUCUUUUGCGACACAUGUGGCCAACGUCAAUUGACAGACACAAAUACUCAUGUUAUUGCUGGAGCUGUGGUUGCAGUGGAGUGCAACAUGAAGAGGAAGCUGAAAACGGGCAGCAUUUCAGUUGAAGGAAAAACAGGGGAGAAUGGAGAGUUCAGGGUGGAGUUAAACCCCUCAGUUGUUCAUUCCAAAUGUGGGGUACGCCUUGUGAGCAGUCCACAACAGUCCUGCAACAUGCCCUCCAUUGCCACAGCAUCUCACAUCACCUUGGCCUCAAACAACAAUGGAGUUUUAACUUACAACUCUCCUCCCUUAGCCUUUCGCCCUUCUUCCUAUUGCAAACCCAGUUAUGCAGAAUCAAAGCAGACUUUAGCUCCACCACUGCUACUACAAGCUCCUCCUCUUACUCUUCCUAUACAAGCUCCUCCUCUUCCUAUACAAGCUCCUCCUCUUACUCUUCCUAUACAAGCUCCUCCUCUUCCUCUUCUUCCACCUACUCCACCCCUGCCAAACUUGCCAUUUCCUCCUCUACCAUUUUCAGUCCCCUUCCCUCCCGUAGCCUUUCCCACCCUGCCUGCACCUCCUCCAAUGAAGUAGUGCCCUUUUCUGUUAAUCAGCUAUGUCUUUUCUGGUAUUUGUUGUUUAUGAAAUUAGUAAGCAUGGAGCAGAUAUUUCAGCUUUAAUAGAUUUCUACUGGUCUGUUUAGAAUAAUAGUAUUUGUAGUACUGUUUGGCUAUGCCAUCAUAUAUAUAAUUUCUAAGUCUUAGCAGAUUCCACUUCCACAGUAUUGAAAUAAAUUAUGCAAUUACGCAA